AUGUACGGGAAAUACGUGCCGGGAAGUCUGAAUCCGUAUCAGUGUUCCAUCAAAAAGGGAACCCCGCCUGGCUGUGAUCCGCGAAGAAUCGACCUGAAAAAAUACAAGUUAAUCCCAAUAUUCGUCACCGAAAAUCACCAUGAAGUGAUUCCCUUUAUCUACAAGAACAUCGGUUCAAAACACCUUCCCCUAGAAGGAUCGACCUUAAUCCAUUUUGAUUCUCACCCGGACAUGUUGAUACCCAAAAAUAUGCCUGCCGAUACGGUUUUUGACAAAAACGCCCUCUUCGAUGAACUCAGCAUCGAAAACUGGAUAAUGCCAGCUGUAUAUGCCGGCCAUUUCGGAAAUUUGAUAUGGGUGAAACCACCAUGGGCUGAGCAGAUGCAAAAUGGAAGUCAGACGUUCCAUAUAGGCAAACACAAAUCGACCGGUACAAUACGCUUGGAUUGCAAAGAAGAUUAUUUCAUAUCCGAGGGUUUAUACUCUCAUGCCAAAGACCUGGAUGCCAUUAGAGAGAUUGAUUUGCAUGUAACUACUUUGGGCAAUCGAAUCAACGGUGUUACUGAUGAUUUGAACGGUCUAAGGAAACAGCUGUUGUGUGGCGAUGCCCCGAUAAUUCUGGAUGUGGAUUUGGAUUUCUUCAGCACCGGAAAUCCCUUCAAGAAAAUUUAUGAUAAGGCUGACGUCUACGAAGCUCUGAAGAAGAUAUUCGAGUACCAGCCACCGUCCUCCAAAGAAGAUGUGUUGGUUUUUGAAGCGGUGGAGAAACGUGCGAAACAAAUGGAUGAGCUGGAAGCCAUGUUCAAGCAUUUGCAUAGCACCAGGAAGAUGCCUGAGGUGGAAGAACCGUCUGAGCUUCAUAAAAUGGUCGACCAAUUGAGGAAGAAUUUGUUGGAGAACUACAAAGACCAGGAUAUUGACUGGGAGUUUAUUUUCGAAGCAGGUUGUACUUGUGACUCUUCUGGGCUGCCGUGUCACAUUUCUUCAAUGGAGGAACUGGAUAUGAUGUUCGAUAGUUUCAAAAACUUUUUGGAAUUUAUUCCGAAGCCUCCAGUGAUCAUCACAAUGUCUAGGUCUACUAUUGACGAUUAUACUCCUUUUGAAAGUGUCGAGCUGAUACAGGAUACAAUUAUUGAACUGUUGAAGGAUAAGUUUAGUUGUGAUGAACCCAAGUUGGAUUAUCUGGAUAAGUCUGAUGAAGAUUGA